CAAUUCUCACUUUCUAUCCAUCACCUUACUCACCAUGGCUGAAACACAUCAGACCUCCCUUCCAUCAGAGGAGGCGGCUGGAUCAACAGCUACCUCUUCUUCUCAGUCUCAGAAAGCUCCACCACUAUUAACACACAGCAGUAGCGGACAUGCACAUCAUCUAAAAUGGGGUGAAAUCGAAACAAGCGGUUUUGCUCCUCCUACUCUAAAUCCAACAGAUGAACAUGUUGAAACGGAUACAUUUUGUACAAAACUCAAUCCAACAGAUCGUCGUCAAAGGAUGACCAAAGAUCAUACACGUGAAUUGUUGGAUUCAGAAGCACGUAAGAUUCAUGCAAACAGACGUUAUUUGUUCAGAAGACCAAGGCCAUUACAAUACUUCCGUGGAAAUGUAUUGGUUCGAUCGGAAGAAGAAAGAGGUUCGGGUCGUUUGGAAUUAUUCUUUGAUUUAACUUUCGUUGGUAUUAUUGCCGUUUUGGCACAAUCUGCCGUCGCUGAUCCAACUGGACCUGGAUUCGUUCGUUAUAUUCUCACUUAUACGGCGGCAUUUUUAGUGUGGAAUUGGAUGAGAGAAACAUUUGAUGCUUUCUACAAGGACGAUCUCAGUCAACGUAUUUUGGUCUUAUUCGUCAUGGCAUGUUUGGUUCUAUACGGCAACAAUGCACCAGAAGUACAAAAAGACCUUUCCGAAAGUCCAGCUAGAGCAGUGACUAUUGGAAGCUACUUGAUCGCUGAAGCGGCUAUCUUUGGUACAUGGCUGCUUUAUAGCUUUUAUAUCAAAGCAUACAGAAUUCAAAUUCGUGCUCUUAUUCUUGCUUGGAUCGCUUCAACUGCACUUAUGAUCGGUGCAAUUUUCGUUCCAAUUCGUGCUGCGAUUGCCUUAUCGGUCGUUGCAAUGGUUUUAGUUUGGUGGUCAUGGAUUUUGUUCUACAGUCCGAUCUUCAAAAAGCUGAUGAGAUUACGAUAUUCUUCCGCUAUUGCGAUCGAUCAUGAAAUCGAACGUUAUCAAGACUUUUUCACAAUCGUAAUGGGAGAAUUCGUUUAUAGUCUUUUUGAUGGUUCACCGGCAGGAAUUGGAUUUCAUGCAAAAGCUGGUAAAGCAAUUAUGGCUUUGAUCAUUGCAUUUUCAUUUCAACUCAUGUAUAUGAACGGUGGAUGGUCAAAGAAAAUCACUCAUCCUCUUCGUUAUUCCGUUUGGCAUGCGACUGGCUUUUUGUUCCUUCAUUUACCCGUCGUCAGCGCAUUGACAUUAUGUGGUGAUGCAUUGGCAGACUUUAUCAAAGAGGACCGUGUUCCGUCUGGCGUUCGCUGGCUUGCAUGCGAAUCGUUCGCAGUCGGAAUGAUUGCUUUAUGGAUGCUGGCAAUGUUGGAACAUGAAAGAGAUGAAAAAGGAGAAUUAUGGCUACCAAGAUGGGCUAGAUUAUUGCCAAGAUUGUGUUCCGGAAUAAUCGUCAUCUUUUUACCCUUGACAUAUCAAGGUCCGCCAGAACACGAAGAAGGGGAGAGUUCAGAUACUGCUGCUCACAUUGUCGGAAUUAUGGCAAGACAAGCAACUCAAAUACUUGCAGAAGCAGGUACUGAAGGCAACGCCGAAGCACCUGCGGAAGGAGAGGUACAUCAUUCCGGUAUAGAGAUGACCACGAUUAAAUUAUUGGGCAUAAUGACCGCUUUAGCCUUCUUUUCACUUUUAUGGGAAACCAUUACGUCUUUAGACGGUCCAAAUGCACCACCUGAAGAAGCUUCAGAGGAAAUUAUGCAACAUGCUUUAAACAGUAAUGGCAUCGUUUCAGCUUUGUCAACAGGUGAAUGGCGUGGAUGCCCACGUUUGUGCGAGCCGGGUUCGGGAAUGUUUGAUCAUAGCCAUCAACGCAAAGAUGCUUCUCAAUUGACCCCCACAACGACAGUCGACACUGAUGCUGAUCAGGCUUAAAUUACAAGCUAUAUUACACUUUAUAUGCUACACAAUACCCUCUCCCAGCUAGCCACCAGAUGCUGUACGUGCGCUUACUAAUGCUGCUACGUCUUGUAGCUUUUCUAGGAUCUCCGACUCUUCUUCGUCUAUUUUGCUACAUUCCUCCGUAAUAAAAUUGUAUUCUUGUGCUGCUUCAUCUCUUUGCUCGGAAUCAUUGAGAUGAUGAGCGAUCCUUGCUUUGACAUAUAGUACUUCUUUUAAUUUCGGCCACAUCUGGGCACUUCGAUAUCCUUCUAUAGCCCGAUUAAGCCAUGAAAAGGAUUCCUUGUACGCCUCGUCUGAUUUACGGGCAAGAAUCGCACGACUGUACGUCCAUGAAACAUCAGCUCUAGCUUCAAUAUCUUGAUCUACCAAUGUCCUGGCCAUGAUUUCAUCCAACAAAUCUUGCGCUUGUUGAACUUGUCCUAA